AUGUGCGGUUUCCUGUUGCUAGUGGUGUUUUGGGGUUGUAUCAAUGGGAGCCCUAUUGAAGAAUUUCCCCAACAAGUGGAUAAAGACUUGAAUAUGACUAUUGAGGUUUUGAGGCACGAAAAUCCCCUUAAACUGCCCCUAGGGGAAAACGUUACGAUUAUUUGCAAGACCAAGUGGAUGAGCAGCCACAUGUUGUGGACUUUCAAUGAAAAUAACGUUUCGGAACAAGACGGCUUCAAACUGGAAAUGGAAAGCGAAAACAUCAACAAGGAAUCGGGCAACAAAUUCGAAGUGUCAAUUUUGCACAUUCUAAACCUAAACUUCAAUCACGUGGGCAAAUAUGUUUGUCAUGCUGCCAACCUAAAUGCUAGUGACUUGGAUUUGGCCGACAUUGAAUUAAACGUCACAAAAAAAGUGACAAUUUUGACAAUCAGCGACAUAAUUUAUACAGAAAUUUAUAAAACUGUCAAUUUGAAAUGUUUGAUUGACGGUUAUCCAAUUGACAGCGUCAAUUGGUUCAAGGAUUCUAAUAUGUUGCCCAAUGACAUGUGGAAUAUUACAAAUGUCAAUUUGACAGUUGUUGAGUCAAUUUUAAGGAUUCAAGCUACAAAAAAUGACAACGGCACGUAUUUGUGUCAGGCUAAAAACGAGCUGUCAAGUGCCAACGCGUCGACAGCCAUUUUGGUUUUGGACAAGCCCCAAGUGACAAUUGACGUCAUCAAACCAAUUGGCACAAAUAAAAUAUUUUUGAAUUGGACAGUAAAUGACGGCAACAGCCCAAAGGAGCUAAAAUAUAUAAUUCAAUAUAAGUCAGACGAGGAUAGCGAAUGGACGUAUUAUAGAAGUGACUUGAAUAAUACACAAAAUAGUUUGAUUUUAAAUGUUGAAGCGAGACAGAACGAUUCGCUUUUUACUGUCCGAGUGAUGGCUAAAAAUCCUCAAGGCGAAAGCCAAUACGUCACCAGCCAGCCAAUCAAAAUGCUCGACGAAGAGCCAAUAUUUAUCCCAGAAGUCACUGUAACUGGAGUAACCUCGAGCUCGAUUACCAUAAAAUGGAGCAACCCGCCUCAAAAAUUCAUAGAUCACAUACAUUAUUACAACCUAAUUCUGAGAUCUUACAAUUCGACUCAGAAACUAGAAGCAAUACAAUCGGCCAAAGAUUACUUGUAUAUGUUUUCCGAGCUCAAUUCGGCUACUACGUACAAUUUCCAGGUGGCGGGUUGUAGCGAUUAUUCUAAGAAAUGCGGCCCCUGGUCGGAAAUCGUAAACGGCACCACAAUGGAUGGAAUUUCGGGGCCACCCUCCAACCCCCAAAUCAAUUGCAAGUUUGACAAUUCGAGUUUGACGAAUUUUAUUUUUUUGAGUUGGCAACACCCGCUGGCACCCCACGGAAAAAUCCAAUCGUACAAUAUAAAUUUGGAAGGUACGGCAACGUUCAAAAACGACUUGGGAGUCGAGGAAAACGUCACGUGGGGCCCGAAAGUCACUAGCACAAGCGAGAAAACCCUAAACUUUAAGUUUUACAAUGUUUCAGCUAAUACGAAUUAUACAGUGAAAAUAUCGGGAGUUACGCGCUUGCGCAAAAACGGCCAGAACGCCAUCUUGAAGUGCCGAACGCCACCCAGUUUGCCCGACAAACAAAAAAUCAACCGCAUCAAAUGGCAGAAAAUUUUGGUGCAAAAAAACAAGUGGAUGUUCAAAAUGUCGCUGCAAAGAAUCUCCGAGAGAAACGGUCCUAUUUGUUGCUAUAGGGUUUAUUUAGUGAGGUUAGAAGCGCAACAGAAGUUGUCUGAUUUGCCGGCGCCCGAAGAUUUGACAGUUGUGACGUAUCAGGAGGCGCACAGGACGCCCAAAGGGGGCGCUUACGUUGCGGAGAUGUUUAGCAGCUCCAAUUUCCAACCGGAAAUUUUCCUGGGCGACGACCAAGUUUUCAACGCCUCAAGUAACUUAGAUUGCGACCACUGCGCCGGUCUCCGACCCUACAACACGCCUUCUGAGCCGCAAAAGAAAAAGUCUUCUGAGCCUUUGGGCGGCGACAAAACCAACCGAGUACGACGUCACAAUUCUGAAUUUUCUGAGCUUCUGAGCCCUUUACCGCCAUUCGACGGCAACUUAGACAUUGACAGCAAUUAUACGGGGUUUUUAGAAAUAGUAAUCGAAAACGGCAUGACAGCUUAUAGUAAUUAUUUGGAAAUGUUGAAUCCUGGGCCUUCAGUGAUUGCGGCCCCUAGAACCCAGACUUUGAGCCUAAUUUUCCAAGUCUUAUGCGGUUUAAUGGUUGUAAUUUUCGUACUAUUAGGAGUUUUAUGUAUUUUGCACCGAUAUACGAAACAAGCGCACGCGCAAGCGGUGGAAAUGAUCACUUUCCGCACUUCGCUCAGAAAUCUCAGAGGACGUCAAAGACUGGUGAGCCUAAACCCACCCGAUAUGAGCCCCCUAAAACGUUCUGAGCUAGUUCAAGCCUACAUCCAACAUCACAGAGACUCAGAUUACGGAUUUCAGCAAGAAUUUGAACUAUUGCCCGACCGGUUUUCUGAUCGCACAACCCGCGCCUCAGACAACAAAGAAAACCUGUUCAAAAACCGCUACCCUGAUAUUAAGGCCUACGAUCAGACCCGUGUAAAACUGACUCAGAAUGACUCAGACUAUAUCAAUGCCAACUUUGUUAUGGGCUACAAAGAACGCAAAAAGUUCAUUUGCGCUCAAGGCCCUAUGGACACAACAGUAAACGACUUUUGGAGAAUGAUUUGGGAACAAGGACUUCAGAUGCUCCUAAUGCUUACAAAUCUGGAAGAAUACAGCAAAACAAAGUGCGCCAAAUACUGGCCCGACAAGCAAGACGGAGACAAAGUGUUUGGCAAAAUAACUCUGAGCCAUCUAAGCGAAACUCGGUAUUCAGACUACAUUGUGCGCGAGCUCAGAAUGGUCAGAAACUCAGAAACUACUUCAGAAGAACGCAGAAUUACGCAAUAUCACUACUUGGUUUGGAAAGACUUCAUGGCUCCCGAACAUCCUUCGGGAAUUAUUCGGUUUAUUAAACGAGUAAACGAGGCCUACUCAAUUGAAAAGGGUUGCAUUCUGGUGCAUUGCAGCGCCGGCGUUGGCAGGACCGGGACUUUAGUGGCGCUGGACUGUUUGCUGCAACAGCUGGCCGAGGAAAAUCAGGUGGCGAUUUUCAAUACGAUUUGCGAUUUGAGGCAUCAGAGGAACUUUUUGGUGCAGUCACUGAAACAAUACAUUUUCAUCUACCGGGCCCUGAUGGAAGUGGCUCAGUACGGCGACACCGAAAUCUCGUGCGAAGACCUGAAAACCGCCCUGGACCGGUUACGUCACGUUUCUGAGUCAAACAACAAAUGCAAAUUGGAAGAGGAAUUCGAAAACAUCGUCAACGCUUUCGAGGAUCGGAAAUCGUGCGCCGUUGCCAACGCGGAAGAAAACCGCGACAAAAAUCGCUCAGAAGCGGUGUUGCCUUUCGACAGAAACCGCGUCAUUCUGACCCCGCUGUCAGGCAAAGAACAUUCGACCUACAUAAAUGCUUCAUUUAUUGAAGGCUAUGAUAAUUCUGAGUCGUUUAUUAUCGCUCAGGACCCAACCGACAACACUGUAAACGAUUUUUGGCGCAUGAUUUCUGAGCAAGGCAUCAGUGUUGUUGUUAUGAUUUCUGAGCUGGGUGACGGCAAGUGCGCUCGCUAUUGGCCCGAAGAGGGUGCCGAGUCGACGUAUGAUAAUGUGCUGGUGCGGUACUUGCAAGCUGAAACUUGUCCGUACUACACGCGCAGGGACUUUUUGCUCAGAGGCAGGGACUCGGAAGAACAUAAGGUUACUCAUUUGCAGUACCACGGGUGGCCGACUGUUGAUGGCGAGGUCCCGGAAGUGACGCGCGGUUUGAUCGAGCUGGUCGACUAUUCUCAAACGGCCAUUAUUCGUACCGGAUGUUCGCCCUCUAUGGUCGUUCACUGUAACUUGGGUUCCGAUCGCAGUUCGAUGUUCGUCGGUCUGAGUAUUUUGGUGCAGCAGCUCAGAACGGAGCGGCGCGUCGACGUUUUUACGGUGGCGCGCAAACUCAGAUCGCAGCGGCAAGGGCUGAUCAGUUCUUAUGCUCAGUACGAGUUUCUGCACAGGGCCAUAGUCAACUACGCCGAGUUACACGGCUUGUAA